AUGAAUUGUCACUUGAUUAGUGUCUCAAUCAUCAUUAUCGUUGAUUUGAUUUUUGUAUUAUCGAUCGAAUUGGUUGAUAAUGAUAAAAAAGAUGUCUAUUAUACUCUCACCAUAUUGGCGAAUAUCCCACAAACAAUUCGUAUGAAUGGUUUUGACAGUGAAAACCAUACAGUUAUCACUAAUGAUGGUUAUCGUUUGCAAUUAUAUCGGAUCGUAAAUCCAUAUCGAUUAUCCAAUAAAAUUGGCUAUCCAAUUCUAUUGUUUAAUGGUCUAACAGAAUCACCACAGAAAUAUAUCUCUACAACCAAUGGUUGGUUUAAUCGAACCACUGGUAUUUAUACUGAAUAUGAUAAUCAAUUUGAAAAUCGGCUUGAAAUUGAUUGUCGUUCCGAUCGAUUGCCACCUAUUCGAUUUGGUCGUAAUAUAGCAUUCACAUUGGCUGCUUGUGGAUUUGAUGUUUGGCUCACAAAUGUACGUGAUAAUAUUCAUGAAGCAUCACAUUUACGAUUUAAUAUUGAUGAUUCAAGAUAUUGGAAUAUAACAUUGGAUCAUUAUACGUUGGAUGCAAUGGCAAAUAUUGAUUAUGUUCGACGGGAAAAUAUUAAACGAUCCACGACAACAGUCGGCAUUGUAUGCUAUUCACUUAGUUGUUUAUCAAUAUUUCAAUUGAUGAGCAUCGAUGAAAAAUAUAAUGAUUUAAUUCGGCCAUUAUUUCUACUUGCACCAAAUAUCUAUAUGCGAUCAAUGCUUUCAUUACCAAUAAUUUUCCUUGGGUCAUUAGAACCAGUAUUUCGCAACAUUCCACAAUCAACAGUAGAUGUUGUACCAAUUCUGCCAUAUUUGGCUAAUCAAUUAGAAAAAAAUGAAUUUCUUCGUAUUAUGUACAUGUUUUCAUUGAUGUUACUGGCUGGUUCUAAUAAUCACGAAUUUAUUCCUGAAAAUUUAUAUCGAUUAAUGGCACAUUUUCCCAAUACUGUUUCAUUGCAAGUAUUCUCUCACAUUGGACAACGUUAUUCAAAUCACAGUGAUCAUCAUCUUUAUCGUUUUGAUUAUGGAUCAAAAGAAAAUCUAAAUGUUUAUGGAACACUAAAACCACCAUAUUAUGAUCUGAAUGAAAUUACCAAUCAAUGUAUGAUAUUGUGGCAUGGAUCCAGUGAUUUAAUUUCCGAUGAUAAUGAUAUCGAACGUUUACAACAAGAUUUAUCGGUUAAAUUCCUCGAAAUAUUUCAUAAUGACUAUUCACAUUUAGAUUUCGUCAAUGGUCGUACAGUCAAUAUGACUGUCGUGAAACCUAUGGUUGAGAUUCUAUUUCGUCUUGGUUAUCAUUGAUUUUCAUUCGUACAUUUAUUCAUCAAUA